CAUAUCUUGGCACACGUUGACUGGGGAGAAAAGUGUUUGAAUGGUUAAGGUGACUACAGAAAAAAACUAAUAGAGGGACUCCUCAACGCAGAUUUUUUGCUGGGGAGCCAUAGGACAUCUGCAAAUUUUUGGUUAUGGUGAUUUACGAGGGGCUGAACUUUGUGGAGCCAGGUCAAAUUUCAGAGGAAGUGUAUUGUCGUUUAAAAUGCAUAAAACACAUUAUACUCUCAUAUCUAUGCCUGGCCAUGGCAAGCAGAGAACUCACGGCAAUAUGAUGAAUCGGGUCUGCGGACCAAUACAACCGCCAAUUCAUUUCUUUUAGUAAUGCCCGUGUUUGUAGGGUUAG